AUGGUUGGGAAAAAGAAGCGCGGUCAUCCCGAUAUCGAGGAGUUGCUGGCUCGCCCUUGGUGUUAUUAUUGCGAACGCGAUUUCGACGAUUUGAAAAUUCUCAUUUCCCAUCAAAAAGCCAAGCAUUUCAAAUGCGAACGAUGUGGUCGACGAUUGAACACUGCUGGAGGACUCUCCGUUCAUAUGAAUCAAGUGCAUAAAGAAACUUUGGCAAGUGUCGACAACUCUCUUCCAAAUAGACAGGGUCUCGAGGUCGAAAUCUUUGGUAUGGAAGGUAUUCCUGAAGAUGUGGUUCAAGCACAUAAUCAGCGCAUAAUUGCAGGUUUCUAUCAAGCGGAGCAAGAUCGUCGUGCUGCUACAGGAAACCCUGCUCCAGGAACUGCCAAUGCUGGCGGUGGUCAAUCAAAAAAGCCAAAAGUGGAAUCCCCAGCAGAUUUAAAGAAAAGGUUAGCAGAGCACAAAGCGCGGAAAGCUGAACAAGCAGCAAAUGGCGGUAGUGGUGGAACCACACCAUUAGAUGCUGGCAUUUCUAGCGCCGCAAGUCCUUUGGCAGCCACACAAAGUCCCGGUGCAUUCAACAACUCUCCUUUCCCUCCUCCCCAAAGUUCUUAUGGUGCUACACAAGGUGCGGGUUAUGGAUCAUUUUCUCAAGAACCAUACAGUCAACCUGCGGCAGCUUACCAACAGCCAUAUAACCAACAGCCGCCUUUCUCCGGACCUCCCGGUCCAGCUUAUCAACCUCAAUACUCCCCUCCGCAAUAUCCACCUAAUGCGUUUCAACCACCACCAUAUGGUGCUGGCUCCCCCCCUCCGGGGUCGUUUAACGGAUAUCAACCACCACCUUCUCACACUCCACCUACACAUGGUGGCCUUCCUAAUCGACCCCCAAGUCUACCACCAGCGCCCGGUCUUCCCCAAAGACCAUCAUUUGGUGCACCGCCAAUUCCGCCAUACCAGAUGCAACAAAUGCAUCAAAAGGGCGGUUGGAAUGGUAAUGGAUGGAAUGGACAAGAUCAAAAUUCAGCUACGUCAUCAGCUUAUCCUCAUCCUCCAGGUCUUGGGGAACAUUCGACUAACGCAUCUACUGUUGAUGACCUUGUUUCAGGUGCGGCUAGAGAUGCCGAUGAUGAUAUUGACAAAAUUAUCAGAAUGGCAGAGGCAGGUAUUAAGCCUCCGAAUAGGAACUCUGUCGAUCUAUCAAAAACCGAAACUACAGAAGCCGUUGCUGCUCCUGAAAGUGUCGCUCAACCAGGACCACAACCAGAAGCAAAGACCGAGGUCGCCGAGAAGAAGUCCAAGAAAGAUAAGCCGAUGAAAAUGAUAUACUCAGAUAAUGAAGUGAGUCCGGAGGAGAAAAUGGCCAAGAUGCCCAGGUACGCAUUUGUCCCAGAUGGAAAGAUUGAAACAUCCCUUGAGGAAUCUGUUGCUGCUGUUACUGUCAACAAUUGA